CAAAGCCGGCAGCGUAUUGCAUGGGUGUGGACGACAAGAUAACCGAAAGACCAAGGAUUACGAAAAAAAAAUUAUGUAUUGCUAGCUCACGCUUUGACGUUGACAAAACAGUGACUCUCAUGAAAAUCGAUUGGGAAAUGAGCAAGUGACUACUUCAUUUCAACGGCCAUGCAUUGCCUACUAUGGGAACGCCGAUCUUUCCAACAUGGUCGCCACCUGUCAAUGAAAAAGCUGCGAAAACGAAACCGAAAGAUAUGUUCCGAGCAAGAUGCUGCAGCAGCUGCUCCUCGUCACUUUGCUCUUUCGAGCCGGCAGCCCGCAGAUGAGCGCUUUUGGGGACACACCAGCAGAGUAUGGCGAGGAUGCACACUUCAAGUGCGAGCUGCACGACCAGAAAGGUGUGCACCAGGUCACGUGGCAGAGGCGCCUGCGGGAUCAUUCCGUUGAGAACGUGGCGUCCUACAGCAGGAGGUUCGGACAGCACGUCAACGAGCCUUACCGGGGGAAGGUGGUUCUCACUGAGACGUCGCUCAGCUCGGCGUCCCUCACCCUAAAGAAUGUCACGUGGGCAGAUGAAUUGUGUUACAUCUGCAUCUUCAACGUCUACCCGGGAGAGUCCAAAAGAAAGCAGAUCUGCCUCACCGUGGAAGGAAUAUCUGAGGUGAAAGCAAAGGUGUACCAUCCCGGCAGCGGGCUCGCGGACGGAAGCGCCUCGGUUGUGUUCAGCUGCUCUGCCACGGGGAAACCGGCACCCACCAUCCGCUGGCGCUUCACGCCCGACGCCGCCGGGUUGCAGCAGCCGGCGGCCACCGCGCUCGCCAACGACGACGGCACGUUCACCAGCGCUCAGAAUGUCACGCUGCGUGUGUCACAGAGCUGGCAGGGCCACGCAGACUGUGCGGUGCGGAGCGGGAGUCGGGCGGAGAGGACGGAGAGGGUCCCGUUUGCCUGGAAUGCCGGCUCGGAGAAGGAGGCGGGGGAGACCGGUGAAGGAGUGUCUUCAACAUGGCAAAUUAUUCUCAUAGUGCUUGCUGUGCUCGGCGUGAUGGCGCUCAUAUUCCUCGGCAUUGUCAGAAGACUGACGAGGACAUGGAAGAGGAAGAACGUUUCCAAAGUCGGAAGGGCCGCGUGCAGCGACUCCGGCGCGUCUGAUGGCCCGACUUCCCGACGGGAUCCUCUCCAUUCACCAACUUUGCUCGCACCCGAACCCUAACAGCACUUCACGUAGCCUUGUAUGAAGCUUUAAGUUGCAGAAGGUUUCUUAGUAGUUCAAGAGUAUCGUUUGCUUUUCUGUAACAAAAGGAAAGGACUUUUGUCUUUUGAAAAAGCGGAAAGGGCUUGAAUUUGUCUUAUUUAGGAUAAGCCAAGACGAACGAGAGGAAGUUUUCAGCUCCAGGAGCGAAGGUCCAACGGAGACUUUAGUGCUACGUAGUGGACGUUUCAGUUAUUACACAGAAAGUUGAUGAAGAUGGAAUGUUUGUAAUUGUCAUAUUUCUUUCUAAUUCUAUGGAAAUGGCUUUGCUUUUUUUCCACUUCAGCACUUCUGGGAAUAAUUUUGUGUUUGCGUACUGUUGCCCUGUGCAUUUAAUUUAUUUUGUUAUUUAUUUUAUCACUUUUAGUUCAUGAAGUGUGCAAUUUUGUUCUGCAAAUUCUAUACAAGGUCUUAUUUAUGCCCUGAUUGUAAUUGUGCGAGUCAUAAAACACGUUGAUCGCAUCC